AUGACGCUCCAAUUUCCAGUCCAAGAGAAGUACACCAUUUUGGAAGUAUCACAUGACAUUCAUGCUCCUAAAUGGGUAGCUUGCCAUCCCCUACCAUAUCCCUAUGCAAUUCACUAUUGCCAUUACAUAGCUACAGGGACUAAAGUGUUCAAAGUCACACUUGUUGGUGAUGAGAAUGGAGACAAGAUGGAAGCUCUUGGCAUUUGUCAUUUGGAUAAAUCUAAUUGGAACCCAGAUCAUAUUGUAUUUAGGCAGCUUGGAAUUAAGGCUGGGAAGAAUACUCCAGUGUGUCACUUUUUUCCUGUAAACCAUCUUUUGUGGGUUCCUGUGGAGACUUCAAAAGCCACCAUGUGA